AUUUAUACAAAACUCUUAAGGGAAUCAUCUGCUUUUUAUUUCAUGCAAAUCCAUCUACAAUUUUUUGAGAUACUGGACUUUAAAGUGGGUGCUCUCCUUGGAGACAAACCCCUUUUUGUAUCUAUUAUACCGAUAAAUUAACUACAUUUGCAACGUCGGCUCACCUUCGAUUGUUUACCCUUCCCUGACAGCUCGCACUAUGGCAACCCCAUUUAUACACAAACAAACCCGCGCGCGUUUUGUUUGUAUUUCAAAUAUUAUGUAUUCGCCUCUCAAAUGGCCGAAGUGCACGUGAUCGGACAGAUCAAAGAGGCGAAAGAGUUUCCCAAACAAGAGCUGUUCUGCAAGUGGUACCUUCAAGCAGGGAACCAUUGGCGGGUAAUCGAGGGCAAAAAAGAGGGUCAAACCCCAGUGGCGUCCUCUCAGUUCGACUCGAACCGUUGCUGUUGGUCGUACCCUUUAGAUAUCCACUUGGCAACGGCCGGAGUGCAGGGCUGGCCCAAGAUCUACUUGGAAGUUUAUCAUUUGGACUGGUUGGGACGCGCCCAUUUGUUCGGUUACGGAUUGAUCACGGUGCCCACCAGUCCGGGGCACCACGUUUUGGAUUGUUACACCUGGAGGCCUCUGGGGAACCUUCGGGAUCGCGUGUUUCAGUACUUCCUCGGUGGUGGACCUCAAAUUAAGUAUCCGGACUUGAUUUUCUCCCCGGAGAAGAGGUACCGCCUGUCCACGGAGGCUAUGGGAGUCGUUAGCCUCGAAGUGGAUCUGAUCUUGAGGAAUUUUAACAAUUAUGGAGUGGAGUAUUGA